AUGUGGUGUUUGGUACUGUUUUGCAUCUUUUUGCAGAAAAUCAAGGGGGAAAUUAUAAUAACUGAAGAGAAAUUGCCGGAUUUAUCAAAGGUUUACUUGAAUUCCACACAUGUUGUACAUAAACGGCAGAUUUAUUAUCUCUGUGGGACCUACCCCAGACAGUUCUACUCACUCUACCGUAAGUUCUAGGGUGUUUAGAGAAGACUUAAUUUCAUUAUGGGAUCAAAUAUUUCUUUGGUCAACUGAAAAACUACAAUUUUAUAUUGCUUUAGCCUGUUAUAUAAGUGGAGAUGCCAACUGUUCGAAUGGUGGGAAAAAACUCGGAGUGGGCUGUACAAUCGCUAAUCAGUGUGUGGCCUAUCAUUCGGGACCUGUAGCCUGCAUUAGUGGCUGCUGUUGCACCGUUCCCGGAACUCCAAAUCGGGAUGACACGGUUCCCAAUGGAUACGGUAGGGACUAAGCCAAAACAAUUUUUAGAUCUCUUAUUUUGCAGGUGUUUGUCAAAACGGUCAGCUCAGCAAGGUGCGUUGUGCAUUGCCCGAACACUGUCAACAAGGGCAACGAUGUUUGAAUGGACUUUGUUGCACGAAUACUCAAGAUGCAUAUAAAAGUAAGUCAUGGUUUUGCAUUUCAAUCCAAAAUUGUUUUAGCUGCCUGCGGCGGCGAAUACUCGGUUGCUGAGUGCUCGACAACUCGGCAAUGCACUCAAGGAUACGUCUGUACCGGCUCCAAUUUCUGCUGUCAAUGUCCGGUGGGGAAAAGUUCGGGGAGAUGCAAUCAGGUAGGGAGAUGAUGUAGUUCAGGGGGUUUUUGAAAUAUUUUGGAAAUAAUUUGACGCUUUUUUGAAGGAUCCUUGUGUAUUUGGACCUUAUUUUACAUAAAAAAAGUUAUCAGAAAUUCAAAAAUUUCUUUUAUUUCUUUCAUAAACCCAAAAAACAAUUCUUUUCUCUAACAGGCCCUCCUCAUUUUGCGCACUCUCUCGGUUGAUUGAACGCCUUUGCGUUUUCUGCACAUGGCAAGGUAAAUUUUUUGAUGAUAUAAUAUGAGACCUAAAUAGAGUAUGUAUAUCUGCCAAAAUUGAAGAAAAUCAAACGCUCCUUAUGUUGUAUUUGGGUUACUGUAACUUAAACAAAAAUUUAAACUUUUCGCCCUAAUUAUUCCCAAAAUUCAGGGCCGCUGUCCAGCCGGUUUCACUUGCCAAGCCAAUGGCUGGUGUUGUGCCUCUUGUCCGAACAAUGUCACUCCAUAUGGAGCUUGUCUCAAUCAAAAAUGUGGUGGUGGAAGACGAUGCACCUCCGGAAAUUUGUGCUGUUAA